AUGGCUGAUGUACCACCGGCCAACACGGCCCAAAACAAGAGGAAAUUCUCCGCCCUUGAAUCCUCUCAGACUGAACAAGAAAAUGGCAGUCGCUCUUCGGGAAUUGAUGAUCCCGCUCGGCCUCACAUCACUCGUCUAGCUCCCGAGCUUCUCAGGGAAAUUUUCAGUUAUUUUCAGCAUCCCGAUCUGCACGAAAACAAAAUGAGUGUAGAGGAUAUCUAUACCCCGCUCCCACCACCUCAUUUCGAUGCGCUUAAGAACUCGCGGCUUACUUGCUCCGUGUUUAAUCGUGUUGCAACUCCUCUCUUGCUACCUAUCCUCCGUAUAAGGACCGACAGGAAAUCUCUGGACCGGGUGGAGGCUAUUGCACAAAAUCCCCUUUUGUGCUCUGGCGUGCGCGGUAUCCAGAUCCUCAUGAGCUGCCGCCUCAGGUCUUUUGCCUUUGACAGCUCAGAAUACCUCAGCUUCAUCCAACAAAGGGUCAGUGGCAUGCUUGACAGACAGUCCACGGAUUUGGCACUUAGGGUUGCUCAAGGCGAGAACGAGGGUCAUCAAUUAGCCCUUGAUCAUCGAGCUGCCCAUGAAUCCCCAACUUACGACAGGACGCGUGCUUGCCUGAUGGCCUGCGGGCUCAUUCUGGGCAGUGCUCCGUUGCCGCCCAUCAUGAGCGUGCCCAGCCUGCGAGGCGUGGGCUUCCGAGAGGCGAUUGUCGGUCUGGUGCCUCCCGCACUGAUUAGUGAAUAUUACACCAUGCUCAAUCAAGCCUAUAUAACGUAUCAGGUAGAUUAUAAGCGAGACUUUCCGGUAGUAUCAGAAGGCUUGCUUGUCAAAGCUCUGGCUCAGGUGGUCUCUACGCCAGCUCGCACAGUCUCUCUGAGUUUUAGUGAAUCACUUUCGGAUAUAAUUGAGAAUGAAGAGACGGAAGCCAUACUUGUGGAUCCGAGGUUUACUAUGACAUGGCUCCUCCGCACAACGAAACCAUCAGAAUGUCGCAAGUACUCACAAUAUCUUGAGCGUGAAGACGUGGCACCAUACACUGCAAUGUUUUCGGAUCUCCCAAUCGCCAUCCACCAGAAAGGCAGCUCCGUGAACAGUCUGGAACUCCAUGGGCCGCUGAUAGACUACCAGGCCUCCAUUCUCUGUCCUGGGGGCGGAUCUAGUAUAUCGCAUCGCCUCGUGUUGAACCAGUUGCAGAUGGCAUUGCAAAACCUGCACACGUUUAUUCUUCCAGACCUGGAAGCCCUUCUCCGGACAGCGCGGCAAACCCCGUCCGGGAGGGGACAUAUGGCUGGGAGAGACCCUGGUGGGAUUUCUAUCGCGCAGUAUCUCAACGCCGUGCUUUCAAGUAGAAGGCUUCAGAAGCUCGAACUAAACAUAUCUCUCUCCGAUGAAGAUGCUGUCUUCCAUGAAUCACGUUUGUUUGAGAUUGGCCAGACUCUUAGCCAAAUAAGCUACAGGCACCUACGCAUAAUCAGGCUUCGCAACAUAAAGAUCACUCAACAGGACCUCCAAGCCUUUUGCACUUUACUGAGCCCAGAAGUUGAAUACCUAGAGUUUGCGAUUAUCACACUCACCGAUGAAGGCAGAUGGAUACCUAUACUCGAUCUAUUAAGGGAUCUGCUUAGAGAGAGAUGUGCACAGGAACUUUGUCAAGUGGAAUUAGAACGCCUGCACGGUGGAGAAAUGGAUCAGGUGUUGGAUAACUUCAGGGGGGACGCAGGCGCCCAGGAAUCGUUCUUUUAUGACCUCAUGGACCAGAUAUGUUGUUAUGUCGCGGGUGAAGGCGUUCAUACAAACCCAUUGCAUGACUUUGGGCCUUUUUAA